CGCAGUUUGUAACCAGCGCCACCCACUGUUGUCAUGACGACCAUGAAACUCCCAGCACGAUAUAAUACAUCCAUGGUGAGACCGUCGUAAACUUUGGCCAAAUUCAGGAUGUCCACGUACACCAGAAAAGAUACAACAGACUCAGGAAUGGAAGCCGCUUGCAGAGCAGAGAAAUCCAGAAAGAAAACACCUACUCUGGAGCUAUCCAGUGCAACUCAGCUUCCAGAGAGCACCAACUGUCUGGCGUGUUCAGAGGAUGGCAGAUACCUCAGUCUGGGUCACGUCGGGGGUUUGUCUGUUUGGUGUGUGUCUUCUCUGAUGUGUGUGGCAGAGUGGCUGCAGGACAACCUUGAAAUGACAUCAGUUCAAAUGACCAGCAUGGCUGAGACGGCCUACCUGCUUGGCAGCGUUGAUGAUAUGGGUGUUGCCAGAGUCUUUGCAUAUCACUCUGAAGCUAUUCACCUCCUCAGUGUUAUUAACAUCAUGGAAGAUAUCAACAGGAGGAGUGUUUGCUUGACAUUUGAACUAUCUGAAGGGGGAGAUUAUGGAGCUGCAUCGAUCAGCUGUAACGGUGCUGUUUGGCUCAAAGUCUAUCACUUCCCCUCAGAAGCAUGGCUGAAAGAGUUAGAGAUGGCAGCAUCGCAAAAACAGGACCCAAACUUAUCUGGAGAUGUGAAAUGGUCUCCAGCUGCAGUGGCGACUAAAAUCGGGCCUCCCAAAACUCCAGCAGACAGUUCGCUUGAGGUGUUGCGGACCACAGAUAUUUUGACGCACUGUUUAGCUCUGGACGGACACACGAGCAGCCGCCAACAGGAGGAGGAACAGUCUUUCAAUACAGAUGCGGGAAAAACAAAAGAAACAAAUGACAGCCCAAGACAUUGCACUCAGCACUUUCUUCUGUCCUGUGGUCAGUUUCCUGGCGAUAAUAAAGCAAAGUCAGCAGGAGCGCCUGUUGCUGUCUGUGUGUGGUGGAGUGGCAGCAAUAAUCUUCUUCAGUAUUUGCUGCAUAAAACACCAAGGAACAAACCAGAUGUGGAACCUUUGCCAGAUGUUUUGUGGCCAAAUGCAAAUGAAAUCAUCUGCUCUGCUGUUAGUAGAUGCACCCGUUUCAUAGCUCUUGGCCUCAGUGAUGCUUUGGUGUGUGUCUGGGACAGACAUUCUGGGUCUCCAUUGUCUGUUGUCUCAGUGUCAGCAACAGACAGCGUCUUCUCCAGGCUGCAAUUUGUAGAUUACUGGCCUCUGUCCACUGAUGAUUCCCAGACUUUUGCCACUGGCAAAAUCCAUCUUAUGGUGGUUAAUAAGAACGGAGCAAUUCAUACAAUUAGUAUGGGACGAGGAACAGAAUCCUGCACUAUGCAGCUCACUGAAAGGCCAAAAGACAGUGGGGAUCUGCCAACUAUCACUGCAUCAGUGCCGUUCCUGCAGGGUUUGUCACUUGUGGUGCAAAGAAAUGGAAAAAUGUUCCUACAAGAUAUCAUCAACAAAGCCACUGUGUGCUUCUUGAUUCCUCCCGCAAGUCAUCUGCUGGCUACUCCCUGCCAUCCAGUUUAUGCUCUGAACGCCAAACAGCAGACUCUGUUCAUACGAGGUGACCAGGACCCCAGCUGCAGUGCUUCUAAAGGAGACUGCCAGAGUCAGCUUUUCAUCUUCCAAUUUGGAAAGUCUGACAUCAUUAAGCAGUUUACAGUUUCACUUCCAGACUCUCCACAGCAACAAAAAGCAUUCAACUUUGACACUCUAGAGGAAGCCUGCAAUCUCUACCUUCAGCAAAGAGCGCUGUCCGUGGAUGAAAGGAACAAAGCUAUAAUGCAGACAUGGAAGAAACUACAGGAAACAACAGUGAUGGUACAACAGACACAUGGUUCUUGAAGAACUGCAACAAACUGCAACCUUUUACACAGAGUUACUAUAGUAUUGUAAUGAUAUUGUAACGUUAUAUAACAUCUAAGAGGCUGCGUGUAUGUACUUUAAUUCCUAAGUUUCUUCAAAUGCCACCACCAUUGCUGCACUGUUCUCCAUUCUGCAUUAUGCAUAUAUAUAUAUAUAAUUAUUCUAUAGUUAUACUACUAUAGCUGUCUUUUUCUUUUUCUACAAGAAAUGUAUGAAACAUAAUGAAAAAAAUGAAUCUGAAAAUUCUGGCUUGAAAUUACUUUGUCUUCUGAAGAAAGACUUUCCUGUUCUUAAAAUUGAACUUAAGGUAGAUAAAUUUGUUUCCAAUAAACUAUUUAUGAUAUAGUGUUUUGAGUAGCAUUCAGUCUAGUGACUGAUGUUAGCUUAUUCUUCAUUCUUCAUUUCUGUUGGACUGUCUAUCAUACAGUAUGGACAUUACAUUUCUCAAACAUAGGAUGUAUGGAUGCUAGUAUAUUCAUAUAUAUAGUGUGUGUUUCAUAUAUCAUAUAAGCAAUUAAUUAAAAAUAACAUUAUCACUGGGAAUUGCAAAUGUAAAAAAUAUAAAUGGGAACCACAAGAGGCAUCAGUGCAUGUCAGCACUGUGUAUUUCAGAUGCACUGCAACAAAAAAGGCACUGAUAAUCAAAAGAAGAUUCUCUUAACAGCCAGAUAUGAUUUAAGUGUCAGUGACCACCACCCAGUCUUCAAAAUAAUUGAUAAUUGAGAAGAAUAUUUGAGCAAAAGUAUCAAAACAGCAGAAUUUAGUCACAGCAAUAAGGAGAUGCCUACUGAUAUGACAGUCUCUGUGUUAAACUCAGAAACCUUUCUCUUUUUUUUUCUUUUUUUUAUGUGUGUGAUGUUUUUUUACUCCAGGGCUUUAAAUAAUAAGGGCAGUGUGGAAAUGCAGUUGUUACUGUAACAAUGACAAUAUCUAACCAUAAUCAUUCAAGUCAGUGGAGCUUGUUACACAAUGCACCACACCAGAGAAGGCAGUGAAAAAGACGCAUGGCUAAAUAUAAGCAAACACAAAAACGUCUAAGAUUAAAGGGUCUGUUGGGUUUGGAGCAAUUUGUAAACUCUGCAGCAACUGAAUGAACGGUGACGUGACUGUGUUCAUAAAAAAUAUCUUAAAUCAAUACUUAUCAAUACUCACUGUGUCUGCCAGUAAAUAGACGUCACAUACAAGACCGUUAGUAAGCCCUUGUUUAAUAUCAUCUCUCAGCUCCAAAUAUGGUAAUAACCUUACCAACAUAAUCUAAUUUUCAGUGAGGUUUUCUAAAUAAACAUAUAUUUGAAGGAUUGCUUCUGAAACUGUCUUACCACAGAUAAGAGACUGAUUUUGUAUCUUUUUUGUUUUGAAUUAGGUAACAUUUUCAUAAGUGUGGAGCCAGAAGGCAAAUCUCUAAUAUGUUUUUUAAAUGGAUGAGUGUAUUCACGUUGAUUAUGAGUCGGCCAAACUCAGACAUGGUACAUUGGCAUUUUGUUGCUUUUGGGAUCCUUGACUGUUUCAUAUGUCAAACAUUAAUGUCAGAGUACACAAAAAACGAAAGGACAUGGUUCAGGAAUUUAGGUUAAAGAGCAUGUUAUAAAUGUCUUUGAAAUUAAAAUUUUAUAUUCUGUCAUGCAAUCAUAAAACAAAAAUACCAAUUUAGGGACCUUGACUGUCUGUGCUGUGAAGGUUUAGGUAUAGUUUAGGUGGUUCUCUGUAUUAAAACAGAAAAAUAGAUUUGGUCUUGUGUACAUAAUAGCUGUGGGUACAAUUUUAAAUUUAAAGGUGCAGUGUGUAAGAUUUAGUGGCAUCUAGUGGAACAGACUUGGCAGAAAUGGAAUAUAAUAUUCAUCAAGUAUGUUUUCUAAUUAGUGUAAAUCACCUGAAAAUAAGAAUCUUUGUGUUUUCUUUACCUUAGAAUGAGCCCUUUAUAUCUACAUAGGGAGCAGA